AUGAACGCUGCCGUCCACGCGACCGCGACCUCAUCCUCUUCCCUCGCUACACUUGCAUCCAUCUCCGAGGCGGCCUCUACAUCCCGUGAGGCACCGCGAUCCGGUUAUGGGCUCUACGAAGAACUGGCCAAGCAGGCAGGCCAGCCUUUGGUUACGACUGUGGAUGGCAAGCGUCUGGCUGCCCCAGUUCGACCACUUGAUGGUGACAAGGCCAGCGCAAUGAAGAAACGAUUUAUGGGUCAGCUCGGGAUGGCAGCAAAGUCAACAAAUGUCACGCAAUUUUUGCACGACGCAGCCGUCGAGGCCCUCAAACCAAAGGACAACGAGAGCCCUAGUACUCGCAACCACCGUGUCCAGACGUUGAUUUUGUGGGGUUGCUUUCUCCUUGCUCUCAAUAUACUCAAGGAAGACCAUUGGGCCAGCGACGUUAUCCUUGCCUAUGCUCCAGGGUUUUUGCGCGCACGGGUCCUCGCCGUUCCUGGUCGUUUCUCACAGUUUGUCAAGGCCAUCACACUGAAUUGCUGGUUCCACGUAUUUUUGCACUGUAUAUUGGUUCACGCACAUCAACGAAGAACCAUGAUUUCGGUGGGACUCUCAUUGCUCACCACAGGCAAUUUGUAUCAAACCCUCAAAGACACUAUGGAUCAGCUCGUCGUAGAGUUUGCCUUGUCACGCAAGCGGAGGGUGGUACACUAUUUCGGGCGGGAUGAGGCCAUCCUGAUGAUCGAAGAAGGCCUGCAAAAUUUAGUAUCCUCCGGAUGUCUCAUGAAACUACAACUCAUAGUUGCCAUAUGUAUAUCCUUUAUCACUGGGUGCCGGCCAGGGAGUCUAUGUCCCACCUUCGAGGAGUACAAAGUUUGCCAACUGUACUGCAAAUUAGAGAACCUCCGCUUUCGUCGUCUGCGUGAUAGCUCGGCCGAAUUUGAGAUUACAUUAGAGCUGGAAAAUUCCAAGGUGCCGCCGCCAUGUUGA